AUGAGAAAAUGUGAUCAUAGAAUUCAGUUGAUAAAUGAGACACCAGUUUGUUCCAAACCCUAUAGAUACCCUCAUGUUCAAAAAGAGGAAAUUGAAAGACAAGUGCAGGGAUUAUUGGCUACUGGUUUUAUAAGGGAAAUUGCUAGUUCUUAUGCUUCUCCCUUGGUGUUGGUUAAAAAGAAAGAUGUCUUCUUUGAUGACAUCCUCGUCUACACAAAGACUUGGAAUGAUCAUUUAGAAUACUUGACAAUCACACUGCAAAUAUUGGAGGAAAAUGGCUUGGCUGUCAAUUUUAAGAAGUGUAGUUUUGGAAAAAGGAAAAUAGAGUAUUUAGGCCAUGUGAUUUCUGUCCAAGGGGUGCAACCAGAUAAUGAUAAGAUUUCAGCAAUUCAACAAUGGCUAGCACCAACGACAAUGAAGGAGCUAAGAGGGUUUUUAAGGCUUUCCGGUUAUUACUGCAGAUUCAUUUUGAAUUAUGGAAAGAUUGCAGCUCCGCCAACAGCCUUACUUCAAAAGGAGAAAGAGUUCAAAUAG